AUGCAUCUUCCUCCUGGUUUACCCUCCACUAAAUCGGGACAAGUUUGCAGGCUAAAUCGUUCCUUGUACGGGCUCAAACAGGCCAGCCGUCAGUGGUAUGCCCGCCUCUCAACGUUUCUUUUGACUCAUGGAUAUACACACUCUUUUGCAGAUCAUUCUUUGUUUUUGAAGUUUACAGAUUCUACUAGUACAGCUCUCCUAGUUUAUGUUGAUGACAUCGUUCUUGCUGGGAACAACCUCAUUGAAAUACAACGCAUCACUACUCUUCUUGAUCAAGCUUUUAGAAUCAAAGAUCUUGGAGAUUUAACCUAUUUUCUUGGUCUUGAGGUUGCUAGAAACAACACUGGUAUUCAUCUGAGUCAACGUAAAUAUACACUUGAUAUUCUUUCUCACACUGGCAUGUUAGCUUGUUGCCCAUCAUCCACCCCAAUGGAUUAUAAAACUGGUUUAUCUGCUGAUACUGGUACCCCUUUGACUGAUCCCUCUUCUUAUCGAAGGUUAAUUGGGCGCUUGAUUUAUCUCACCAACACUCGGCAUGAUAUUGCUCACGCUGUCCACCAUCUUAGUCAAUUUGUUUCUCAGCCCACAUCUUCUCAUCAACAAGCUGUUUUUCGUAUACUUCGAUAUUUGAAACAAGCCCCUGGACAAGGCAUUUUUCUUGCUGCAGACAGCUCCCUUCAAUUGAAAGCCUUCAGUGAUUCUGACUGGGCGGGUUGCAUAGACACUCGACGUUCUGUCACAGGCUUUUCCGUUUAUAUUGGACACUCACUCAUUUCAUGGAGAUCAAAGAAACAACCCACUGUAUCACGCAGUUCAUCCGAAGCAGAAUAUCGAGCUCUUGCUUCCACCGCUUGUGAAAUUCAAUGGCUCACAUAUCUUUUAGAAGAUUUUCGCAUCUCCUUCACUCGACCUGCUCUCCUCUAUUGUGACAACCAAUCUGCUCUCCAAAUCGCAUCCAACCAGGUGUUUCAUGAACGAACGAAACACAUCGAAAUAGACUGUCAUCUCUUUCGAGAAAAAGUGACCAAUGGUUUACUCAAACUGCUGCCUGUGUCAUCCUCCUCUCAACUGGCUGACAUUUAUACCAAAGCUCUAUCUCUUUCUCAUUUUAAAGAGCUAUGUUCCAAGCUGGGAAUGUCCAAUAUCUACUCCCAGCUUGAGGGGGGCUCUUAA